CAGGGGAGCCCUUGCCUCUCCUGGUGAUGCGCAGCGCUGGCUCUGUCCUGCAUGGUGGGGCAGUUGUGAGCCUAGAGCCAAGUGUGGGAGUUCACCAUGGUGGUAGCCACCUCCCCCAGAGCAGGCAGCCUGUCACCAGAGGGAAGUAUCAGGUUCCUGCACUCGGCUGUGGGCUGUCCCUGUCUACUAAUAUGACCGUUUUGCCAUCUCUCUGCCAAUAAAGCAGGCGCAGCCCCUUGAUUGGUAUAUAGCCUCUCACUUUCCCUCUGCAUUGAUUUUCUUGUUCUCUUCCUUGGCUUCACAAAAAAAAAAAAAAGAGAGAGAGAGAGAGAGAGAGAGAGAGAGCAAGAGAGAGAGAGGGACAAGUGGCUGCCGCUGUGGACAGAGAAGCUUUAUUUUUAGUAUGAGACAACCUCUAUUUUCUUUCAGGAGAGGGAAGUUGGAUUAUCAAUUCUUUUGUAAAUGUGUAUGGUGAUAUUUGCUCCGCUUUUUGCCAUCUUUGCAUUUGCAACAUGUGGUGGCUACUCUGGAGGCCUUCGGCUAAGUGUGGACUGCGUCAACAAGACAGAAAGUAACCUCAGCAUCGACAUAGCAUUCGCCUACCCCUUCAGGUUGCACCAGGUGACCUUCGAGGUGCCCACCUGCGAGGGCAAGGAGCGCCAGAAGCUGGCUCUGAUCGGCGACUCCUCGUCCUCGGCCGAGUUCUUCGUCACGGUCGCCGUCUUCGCCUUCCUCUACUCUCUGGCCGCCACCGUGGUUUACAUUUUCUUCCAGAACAAGUACCGAGAAAACAACCGGGGCCCGUUGAUCGACUUCAUCGUUACCGUGGUCUUCUCCUUCUUGUGGUUGGUGGGCUCAUCCGCGUGGGCCAAAGGACUGUCUGAUGUCAAAGUCGCCACAGAUCCCAAGGAAGUCUUGCAACUCAUGUCAGCUUGCAAGCAGCAGUCCAACAAGUGCAUGGCUGUCCACAGCCCUGUCAUGUCCAGCUUGAACACUUCGGUGGUCUUUGGAUUCUUGAAUUUUAUCCUCUGGGCUGGAAACAUCUGGUUUGUUUUCAAGGAGACCUGCUGGCAUUCCUCGGGACAGAGAUACCUCUCGGACCCCAUGGAGAAGCAUUCCAGCAGCUAUAAUCAAGGCGGGUACAACCAAGAGAGCUAUGGGUCUAGCAGUGGGUACAACCAGCAGGCGAGUUUGGGGCCAUCCUCAGACGAGUUUGGCCAACAGCCUAGUGGUCCCACCUCCUUCACCAAUCAGAUUUAGCAGAGUAGCUUUUGCAGUCUUCUGGAGAAGGUCUCACCACCUUCCACUUCAGUGGCAGAGGAAUUUUUUAAGAGUUCCCAUCAAUUAUUCAUGCAGAUAGUGUUGAAUGUAAGUCAGAGAUGUGUAGUCCUCAUUAAAGCAGAGAGGCCUGGGUCGUGAUAAAUGAUACUUAGAGAUGAGACGACGUGGGGAGAUAUAUUAUUUAUCACAGAUGGCUAAUUGGAGAGUACCUUGUUAAAUCCACAGAUACUUUUAUGGUCAUUUUAUAUGUGUGGUAGAGAUCGUAGAAGCAUUUUGUAGCUUAAAGUCUCCAGUAGGUAAUAUGCAUAAAGUCAAUUAAAUAGCAUUGAGUUUUCCUAUGCAUUUUGAUGCAAAAGACAUUUUAAUGAUUCCUAGGAAACAAUUUGAUGUAUAACAACAUUGCAUGCAUUAUUAUUUUUUAGUUUUUAGACCCUGUAUGAUGCAAAUCUCUAACUACUUAUUUCAGGCAAUUACUGUAUUUUUUUUCACUUGAUGAAUCAAUGCUCAUAUUAUUUAGUGCAUGAAUAAGCAUUUCUCACACAGUAAACAUUUGAAUUAUAUUUACGAAGUUUUUCCAGUUUGCACUAUGAAUUUGUCAAAAGGAUGUUUAAAGAAACAUACUCAUUACUUUGUAUACCUUUGCAAAUUUGUCUUUCUGGCUUUACCUAAGUUCUGGAUGCAUUGUAACUAAGAAUUGUGUUGUUGUUGUUGUUGUUUUUCUUAUUAGUAGACAGUGUUACAUAUGGUAACUGCCCAAUAUUUAUCCUAUUUGCUUAUCUAAGUAUUUACAUUCUGGUAAAUUUCUAUGGUGUUUUGUGGCUCUUAUCCUGUGGACCAUGCCUAAUAAAGCCCAGUAACUGUCUGAGCUCAAACAGUGAUAUGUUCAUAGAAUACUGGAGAUGCAGAUUUAGAUACCAUAGUUAAGAUGUUGCUAUUCUAAAGUAUUAGUGUAGAAAGGAAAUUCUGUAGAUCUAUGUAGACCAAUCAAACAUUUUAAUCCUAUCUAUUUAUAAAGCUAAUAUGUUCUUCAAUCCAAUUAUUGAAAAUUCUCAAGUCACAGCUCAACAGAUUUACUAAUUCUGCUUUGAGUGUCACCGAUAAAUUAAAAAUGGCUUCCAGGUGCCACUCUGUAUCCCAAAGAGGGUUCUCAUGAAAUAUUCCCUAGAAUGUAUUCAUUACCAAGAAAAUGCCAAUCUUCUCCUCUUUAUUUUAAUUCAAUUGAAACACCAGAGCCUGGAUGGUAAGGAAAGCUAAGCAUCUGUAUUUCCAGGUAAAAGUUGUUAUUUGUGUACAAACUUUGUGUGAUCUGUGAUGUGAGAGCAUAUAGCACAAAAUAGCCUUGUGUCUUGGGUGAUAUCUGUGACCCUCUCUUGAUCCUGUUGGAUAAAUGUGUAUUGUGAUAUCUAUUUGACCUUAAUAAAGUUAUUACACACA